GGUGGUGUCUGUGGUCGCGUGGAUAUGGCGCCAUAGCGGCGGGAGUCCCAGUUCAGCCGACUUUGGCUUACUGGCGGGCCAUGGGACGCGCGCAUUCGGUCGGCAAACUCGUCAGGGUCCUUGAGACUCGACGACGAGCGCCGGGUGGCGGCUGAAGGCUGGGAGGACGCGGCGUGUGGCCUCUUGCUUUGCAAAACCUGAGGCGCGGACGCCUGGUUCGCAGGUGUGAAGCGACAAGCGGUCGGCCCUUCGGCCCUGGCCCACCGGCGGCCGCUCUGGUUUUUGGGAGCGUGAAGUGCCUCCCGGGUGCAAAGUUUAGCACUUGGUGGUCCGGGGCUGAAGAGCUAUGGCCAGUAUCACCCAGUUGUUCGAUGACCUCUGCGAGGCUCUCUUACCGGCCGCCCAGACCCACCCGGGUCAGCGCCCCGUGGACAGGAAGAGGGCAAAGCUGAGCCUGAAGAGGGUAGCCUACAAUGCUCUUUUCGCCAAUCUGUUUCAAGAGGAGACUCAUCAGCGGCCGCCUGACUCGGCGAAGCGCCCCGUGAAAAACAAGGUCCUCAUGCUGUCCUUCGAUUUGAGGGUGGGCGGCUUGGGGCCAGAGGCCGAUCGUUUGGAGGAGCUUGUGGAGAAGUUGGAAGCAACCCCUGGCUGUCCUCUUGUGGAGGUGGAGUCAGUGCUGCACCUCUUGGUUCAGUUGGCAGGGAGUGGUCCCCCUCAAGUGCUGCGGAGAAAACGGGAUUUCUUCUUUAACAACAAGCACGCAGGCAGAAACGUACCCUACGGCGGCUAUGAUUGCUAUGACCUGAGUGUGUUUGAAAUGGACGUCCGGUCACUUAUCUCUGGAGAGGAGUAUUUGUGUCAUAACAUGUUCCAGGAAGCCCUUCAGGUGAUGGAGGCUACCCCAGGCACUGGCCUGCCCACCGUUGGGCGCUUCUCUAUUGGUGACUCUUGUGGUGACAGGUUUGAGAGAGACACCCGGGUCUCACUCUUUGGUGCCCUCGUGCACAGCCGCACAUAUGACAUGGAUGUGAGAUUGGAUCUGCCCCCUGUGCCGGACAGCGCGGACUUUUCUGGACUGGCCAUUAAGGUCCCACAGAUUGUGGAUCAGUGGGAAGAUGAAGGGUUCCAAUCAGCUUCCAAUUUAACUCCUGACUCCCAGUCUGAACCAAGCAUGACCCCGGAUUUGGACCUGUGGGAAGCUGUGCUCACAUAUGAAGCCAGCAAGCGGAGGUGCUGGGAGCGCAUUGGAUGCCCUCCUGGUCACCGAGAGGAGCCCUACCUCACCGAGGCAGGGAGGGAUGCCUUUGACAGAUUCUGCAGGCUCUGCCAUGGGGAGCUACAGGCCCUCAGUGGGGGUCUACUACAGACCCCCAAGCCUGUGCUGGUGGAGGAAAGCGAGCUGGUGAAAGACUCACUGAAUGUUCUGCUGGGCGUUGUUUCUGCUACAUUUUCUCUGUGUCAGCAAACUCAAGCCUUUGUAGUGGAGCUGGGCGUCCAUGUGUCAGGUGCAUCUCCUGAGAGCAUCAGCAGCAUCCUUUCAGAGGUGGCGGAGUAUGGAACCUACUACACACGCCUGAGCCAUUUCUCUCUACAACCUGUAGUAGGCUCCUUGUGCAGCAGGGGCCUUGUGUUCCAGGCCUUCACCAGCGGCAUUAGGAGAUACUUGCAGUAUUACCGGGCCUGUGUUCUCUCCACUCCGCCUACCCUGAGUCUCCUCACCAUUGGCUUUCUCUUCAAGAAACUGGGCCGGCAACUCAGGUACUUGGCUGAGCUUUGUGGUGUUGGCACUGUAUCCCUGGUGACCAGUGGAGAGACCAGGGCUGUGUUCCCCACCGGCGUGAAGCUCCUGUCCUACCUCUACCAGGAGGCACUGGAUAAUUGUAGUAAUGAGCACUAUCCUGUGCUGCUGUCUCUCCUGAAGACCAGCUGUGAGCCCUACACACGGUUCAUCCAUGAUUGGGUGUACAGUGGAGUCUUCAGAGAUGUUUAUAGGGAGUUCAUGAUCCAGGUUAACCAUGAAUACCUCAGCUUCAGAGAUAAGUUUUACUGGACCCAUGGCUACGUGCUCAUUUCCAAAGAGGUGGAGGACUGUGUUCCUGUGUUCCUGAAACACAUCGCCCAUGAUGUGUAUGUCUGUGGGAAGACCAUCAACCUGCUGAAGCUCUGUUGUCCCCGGCACUACCUCUGUUGGUCUGAUGUCCCUGUCCCUCGCAUCUCAGUGAUUUUCUCUCUUGAGGAGUUGAAGGAGAUUGAGAAGGACUGUGCCGUCUAUGUUGGGCGAAUGGAGAGUGUCGCCCGUCACAGCUCUAUCAGCAAGGAGGAAAAGGAAUUGCGUAUGGAAAUUGCAAAACAAGAACUAAUUGUCCAUGCCCGGGAAGCAGCAUCUAGGAUCCUAACUGAGCUGAGUGACCGACAGAUGUCAGAACAGAUGGCUGUGGACACCAGGAAGCGAGAGCAGUUUCAGCGGCUGAAGGAACAGUUUCUAAAGGAUCAAGAGCGACGCCUGGCGGCUAAACAAGAGGAGCUAGAUGAUGAUUUCAGCUAUGCUCGUGAGCUCCGUGACCGGGAGAAGAGGCUAAAGGCCCUGGAAGAAGAACUGGAGAGAAAGGCCAGGCAGGCGCUGGUUGACCAUUAUAGCAAGUUGUCUGCAGAGGCAGCUCGUCGAGAACAGAAGGCUCUGUGGAGAAUCCAGAGACAUCGGCUGGAAAGCGCACGGCUUCGUUUUCUCCUAGACGACCAGAAGCGCAUUCAGGAGAUGCUGAGCGACGUGGAGGCUCACCAGCCCCAGAAGCUGCCAAGUGUGUUCCCAAGCACGUGCUCUCAGGUCACAUCUCUGGGUACUGAGCAUGCAGAUGAAGGCCAUAGCAGUGAUCUGGGGUCCACAGAACAGCGUUGGGAUUGUCUAAGUCUACCGGGUGCAUCAACACCAUCAACCCACAAGUCUGCAGCAGAGGGAGCUGAUAACUCUGGGGCUGGACAGGCAGAGGGAGCUGGGCCGUUCUCUACUGAUCUCAACAUUACAGACUUUCUGCCCAUGGGCCCUGGGACUGAACAGCCUAUGGAUAACAUUGGUUCUCCCUUCUUAGAGGUGGCACUGCAGACCAUCAGUUCAGACCUACCCCCUAUAACUCCAGGGCCAGCACUCACAGCAGCUGGGCUCCAGCCUGCCCAGUCAGAGUAUGAUUUCAAUACCGUUCUGAGGCCAACUUUGGCCACCUCCUCUUUACCAGGACCCUUCCAGCAUGUCCAAAAUAGUUUGGAGAGUGAAAAGCAGCAUCUACUGGGGGACAUGCCCACAAAACUCGAUUCAUGUGUCCAUGACACGCAGGAGACUUUGCCUUGCCCACAUCCACUCAAGCAGGACACUCCUGAGGAUGAGAGCUCCCAGCCUGUGGGGCAGCUCCUUGAACAUAUGUCAGGGAGUGCUGUCCCCACAGAGAGACUUGCUUCUGGAAUGGCUCCCUGCCAGCAACUUAGGAGCAUUUCCACAUGUGUGUCAGAUGCCAGCAUCAAGCAGGGGGACUAUAUGUCAGACGUGGCUUUUCCUCGGUCACAGUGGAACAUCCAUGAACAUGUGUCAGAGGCCAGCAUUGGAGUUGGGGAGAAUGUGUCCGAAGUGACUUCGCGUAGGCCACGGUGGAAUGUCCAUGGACAUGUGUCAGAUGCCAGCAUCAAGGUAGGUGAGAAUGUAUCAGAUGUGAUUCCUUCUCGGCCACGAUGGAACAUUCAUGGUCAUGUGUCAGAUGCCAGCAUCAGGGUUGGGGAGAAUGUGUCAGAUGUGGCUAUUUCUCGGCCACGGUGGAAUGUCCAUGGACAUGUUUCAGAAGCAAGCAUUAAGGUUGGGGAGAAUGUAUCAGAUGUGACUCCUUCUCGGCCACGUUGGAACAUCCACGGACAUGUGUCAGAUGCCAGCAUCAAGGUUGGGGAGAAUGUAUCGGAUAUGACUCCUUCUCGGCCACGUUGGAACAUCCACGGACAUGUGUCAGAUGCCAGCAUCAAGGUUGGGGAAAAUGUAUCAGAUGUGACUCCUUCUCGGCCACGUUGGAACAUCCACGGACAUGUGUCAGAUGCCAGCAUUAAGGUUGGGGAGAAUGUGUCAGAUGUGGCUCCUUCUCGACCACGUUGGAACGUCCAUGGUCAUGUGUCAGAGGCAAGCAUCAGGAUUGGGGAGAAUGUGUCAGAAGAGGCUCUUCAGCCACAUGAAUGUACUCAGCCUCCCUUGAUUCUGGAGGAGCCCUUGCCAGAAGCUGAGCCCGACUUACUCAAGCCCCAUCAGUGCUCUCCUGCCCGUGUGUCCCAGUCAGGCGUUUGUGUGGAAGCACACAGCCCUGUUCCGGAAUGUGGGCCACAACUACCUGGAGAAACGAAGCCUACCACCUGUUCUAGCACUGGCAGCACAGAAGAAGGCAGCCCAACCAAGCCCCCUAUUGUGGCUGAGCCUAGCACGCUAGGAAAUGAUAUCCCUGAGGAGACAGGUCCAGGGAGGAACAGGGAUGCUGAAGACCUCUCUCCAUGGCCUCCAAGCUCACAGGAAGACACAGCUGUCCCAGGCCCUAGUGAGGAGUUAUCAGACACAGAGACUGAGGCCAGACGCUGGGACAAGGAGCAAGCCUAUUUGGCAGACCUCACAAAGCUCUACCACCUGGAGCAGUACCCAGACAACUAUGAGUCUAUGUCAGAACCUCCUGUUGCCCACCUGGUACACCACCUGCUUCCCCAGGCCUUUGCUUUCCCUGUGGAUCCCCAGGUUCAGUCAGCAGUAGACGAGAGUGCGGUGCAGCUCAGUGAGCUGCUGACCUUGCCUGUUCUUAUGAAGCGCUCCCUGACAGCACCUCUGGCUGCCCAUGUCACCUUGGUGAACAAAGCUGCAGUUGACUAUUUCUUUGUGGAGUUGCACCUCGAGACACAUUUUGAAGCGCUGCGGCAUUUCCUGCUGAUGGAAGACGGAGAGUUUGCUCAGUCUCUUAGUGACCUGCUCUUUGAAAAGCUAGGGGCUGGACAGACACCUGGGGAGCUGCUCAACCCAUUGGUCCUUAACAGCAUCCUGAGCAAGGCACUGCAGUAUAGCCUCCAUGGGGACACCCCACAUGCUACCAACCUGUCUCUUGCCCUCAAGUACCUGCCUGAGGUGUUUGCCCCUAAUGCCCCUGAUGUGCUGAGCUGCCUGGAGCUCAGGUACAAGGUUGACUGGCCCCUCAACAUCGUUAUCACCGAGAGCUGCCUGAACAAGUACAGUGGUAUCUUCUCCUUCCUGUUGCAGUUGAAGCUCAUGAUGUGGACACUCAAAGACAUCUGCUUCCACCUCAAGCGCACAGCCCUAGUGAGCCACACAGCUGGCUCAGUGCAGUUCCGCCAGCUGCAGCUGUUUAAGCAUGAGAUGCAGCAUUUCGUGAAGGUCAUCCAGGGCUACAUUGCAAACCAGAUCCUGCAUGUCAGCUGGUGUGAGUUCAGAGCCCGGCUAGCUGUAGUGGGUGACUUGGAGGAGAUCCAGCGGGCCCAUGCUGAGUACCUGCAUAGGGCUGUUUUCAGGGGCCUACUGACAGAGAAGGCAGCACCAGUCAUGAACAUCAUCCAUAGCAUCUUCAGCCUGGUGCUCAAGUUCCGAAGCCAGCUCAUCUCUCAGACCUGGGGCCCGGCUACUGGCCCUCGUGGAGCCGAGCACCCCAACUUCCCACUCAUGCAGCAGUCCUACAGCACCUUCAAGUACUACUCCCACUUCCUCUUCAAAGUGGUGACUAACCUUGUGAACCGUGGCUACCAGCCUCACCUUGAGGACUUCCUGCUUCGCAUCAACUUCAACAACUACUACCAGGACUCCUGAGGACAGACAAGAUCAUGGUGCUGCAUUUCCAUUUGACCUGUCUGGGGCUAGGGUAGUGAGCACACAGACAGACCUGAAAAGGCUGCUUUAUUUAGGGGCCUGGGAGUUUUAACAGGUGUCAGGCCCAGCCCUUUGUGGCAAGAUAUGCAAACAGGCUACAAGGCUUAUUUAGCCCUGUUUGUACCACUUAUAAGCAUGAAACAGUUCCUCUAUUGGCAUGAAGCACAGUGUGCGGGGCAUGUUGAGUGCUAGGUCAGAGCAAUACUGCUAAGGUGGUAUCAGACAGAGAUGGGUCAGGUUUUGACUGGAGAUCUCUGCCAUCAUGGAGAGACCAUUAGGGUAGAGAUCCCAGUGGUCUCAACAACUCAGCAGCGCCGGGGAAGCCUCGGGAGACUCCAGACAUGUGAGGACACCGAGGCCUCUAUGAGGAUCAUGUUACACAGAGUUCUGCCGCCCAGAGGGGUGGUCUGCUGCUAUAGGAACACUGCUCAUCAGUGGUCCUUGCCACUGCUUCAGGGCCUGUGGCCUCAGUGACUGCUGUGUCACUGUAGUAAGGAGACUCUAGCAGCUUCAGAACACGUCGCACCUAGAGAAUAGGUGAGAAGAAUUAGGGGAGGGGCAUAUUUAAUGGCAGCCCUUCCUCCCAGGGACAUAGUAGGCACAGGUGUGUACUUGCCUCAGAGAAGUCUCCGUUUUCAGCAGCUUCAAUGGCAUUCUGUGCAAUAUAGUUCCUUAGGACGUACUUGGGGUUGUUGGCAUGCAUGAUGCGCAUACGUUCGGCCUGCCAGGCAGCAGUGUCUCCGACGCCCUCCUUCUCCUUGUCCAGACGGGCUCUGGAAUUAUAUCCCUAGCUGGGUUUUCCCAACAAGAACAGCUUUCUCCAUUCCCCCCAAUUCAGAGCCAUCUGCAGCCACCUCCUUGUGCCAUUGUGCCAAGAAGCCUGGACAGGUGACCCUGGAAGUUGCCUACCUGUACUUCUGUAGCCAGGUUUCCCAGUGGUCUGUGUUUCUGCUCUGCAAUUCAGCGGGGCUCAACUGUUCCAGCCGUGACUGUUGUUCCACACGCUCUAGCUCCUUUGUGACAUUUGCUUGAGUGCCAAUGAGUGCAAAGAGCUGUGGGUUCGACUGUGCAAGCAUCAGCAUCAUAGAGAGUUGCCUGCAGGGAGGGGUGGCAUGGGAUACAGACUUUGUCUUGCUGUGAGGUUGGCUGCUUUGUAGAUAGCCAUAUGACUCAGGUGCUGGGGCAACUUCCAGAAUGCCCUGGACCCAGGUACUGUAGUUAGCUGAGGAGGUCAGAGACCAUCUGACCAUGGUGUUUCCACCAAAUGGAAGUGCCAUUUCUUCUCAAUGAUUACUGCUCCAGUCUCCACUAAAUCCCAUCUGCAUGACUAGCA